UCCUUGUGAUGCAGCUGGCAUUAUAGGCAGAGAGAUUGGCCUUGUCUGUUGGGAUCUGCAGCGGUGGCUUCAUUGCCCCGGUGCAAGGUCUAUGGCAUGGGGGGCUUGAGCACAGAAAGGGCUUCAAGCUGUCAAAGAUCGCAUUUCAAAAACUACACUCUGUCCUUAUGGCACCUUGCCGGAAGCCUGCUUCAUAGCAGUGUCGCGAGGGCCAUCUGGAAUCACACAGAAAUGCAACGGUUCUUGACCGGCCCAACGCUGUUCUGCAACGCUCUCGGAUGCUCCUUAUAUGCCCGCCUACUUUCUGGAUACACACCAACACGACCACCAACGUCAUGAUCUCUGUCUGUUAGCCGUUUGCUCCUUGGACCACACCACAGCACCCGCUUUCGGUGUGUGAUGCUGCGGCAUCUAGUCUGACCAAGCGCAUUAACCUUCGGUCGUUGGCUCUGUCCCUCGAUCUUGCAAGGACGCCAGUUCCUGGCUGGGCUACCCAGCAACUUCCUCAGUAGAUUUCAUCAAGGAACUGC